UCGUCUGCUAGAAGAAAAACAAAACAAUCAAACGCGACAUUUAUCCCAUGGAUGUGAUUUAAUAAUUCGUAUAUUCCACGUCGUUCUAAUCAAGGAAGAAAUACUAAGGGAUGGAAAAUAAAGGACUACCUUUUUUCGGUCCUACUGUCGAGUUCUCUUCGGUUCCGCCCAUCGAAACUAAAAGAAUUUUGAGCUAUUUCAACCAGUUUGUUUCCAAUUCAGUUCAGUUACUAAACAAAUUUGCAAUUAUAUGUGAUACCAAAUUGCUGGAUCUCAACUUUCGACUACAAGAUGUUGAAGCCACAUUAGCCAUUCUCGAAGCAAAGUUGGCUUCAGUUCCUGCACUGGAAACUACUUCAAUACCGGCCAUCCCACCUACAGUGCCUGCCACCAGCUCAGAAUCUGUACCAGUGGCUGCAAGCGUUCAGAUCCUUCCAUCCGCCGUUCCACCAGUCUUUCCUGAAGAUGUUUCUAGCGUCCACCAGACGGCGGUGGCGCCUCCGAAUCCCGAAAUCCUUCGGUUCGUCAAAAUGCUUGCCUUUGGGGUUCCGUUAAUGGCCGUCGAGCAGAAAAUGCGAGCAGAAGGUUACGAUCCAUCGCUGCUCAACAGCGGCAAAGUUGACGUCACCAAGGCCCCACCAGCACCGCGAUCAACCCAUUCGAGCUCCGACGACGACGAAGAAUCAAACAGCGACGACUAUUAACACAAAUAACAAUUAAUCAUUUUCCCCGAGACUUAUGAAAUUUCAGUCUUAUCGUGCCUGUAUACUUGAUGCAUGGAGAAAGGAUUCCGAUCAUACAUAGACAUAAUCAAUUCUC